AUGCCGAUCAGUGUUCUGCGACGGCAGACCGUCGUCGAUGGGACCGGUAGUUCCAGUGGAGAAAGCUCACGCCGCGCAUCACUCGCCGACACUCCUCGAAAAUCCAGCAUUGUCGGCUUGACUCUACGGCUGACUCGAUCCAAAAGGUCUAAUUUGGCCAAUGAUCCAGCUUCAGCUUCAGCAUCUGUAGCACAACGUUUAGGAGACGCUUUCCUUUCUCUUCCCGAUGAGAUUAUUACCCAGAUCAUCUGCCACCUUUCCACAGAGGAAUUUCUAGCACUUCGACUUACUUCCCGUACUAUCCAUGCCCUCUUGAGAGCCAAUGCUGCUCCCAUCACACGCUCGAUACUUACUCACAGUGCUCCAUCCGAAGGUGACUUCGAGUGCAUCCAGCACCUGUAUCCUCAGCCGAAACCAUGCACCAAUGAGCGAUAUCUGCUGCAAAUGAUUCGACGGCAAUCACUGGUUGAUCGGAUGCUGUCAAUCAUCGCCUCUUUUGUUCAGAUGAAGGUUUACAUGAUUCCGUCUUGUCCACGUUUCGCAGAUUUCUCCCCCUACAAACGAAGGCUGGAGCGACGUUUUCAUGCAUCUGCCUGGAUUAUCUACCAUUUCCUUGAGAGAUUCAGGCAUAUCCUUGUCUUCCAGCAUCCUUAUCAUGGGCAACGUCCACCAGACCGCUCUCAUGACUGUCAAGACUGCACCAACUCCGUCAAUGAGUUAAUCCGAUCAUACCCUCCCUCCGAGAUCAUUCCGGCAUAUCACUUCUACGGGCUCCUUCUCCAGCAUCUCCGCCAACUGAGUCGUGCGCCGAGCUAUGUAGGCACCAUCGAGCGCCGCUUAAGAGGUUGGUCCCGUCGUCCACCAGCUGAUUCACAGUUGGCUCAAGUCGUAAUUUUGGGAGGGAUUCCAUUGCUGUCCAGACUGUCCAUCUUAAAAGGCACAUAUAACCAACGCGUCGAAGUCAUUGGCUCAUUCAUCGAUAAGAUAUCGACCUUGGCUGCUACGCAGAUACGGCUCUUCGUUGCCCCAAAAAGCUCAUCCUCGCCAUCUGCGCAGCAUCUUAGGAUCAUAGAUCUGUCCGAGUUCGAAUCCCUCAAGGCACCUCUCGACCCCCCUUUCUCAGAUAUCUCGGAAAAAACUAUCGCGGCUCUUCCAAGCCUGGAGAGGUUUGUUUCGGAUGACUGGGCAGUUAGAAUGUAUGAAACUAUUGGGCCUACUGAUGUGCCUGCGAGUGCUUUUGGUUUUGUGCAAAAUGUUCUCGCGGGGAAAGACAAUGGCCCCGAUUAUCUGGAACCCAUUAUCGGGUUUGCAUGA